AUGACUGUCGAGGUGUACCUCAAGGAUAUGGGCUACCUCCUAGACGGCCCUCACUGGGAUGACGUCAACAAUAAGCUCUAUUACGUCGACAUCUUCGGUAACGCCAUCCAUCGAUACGAUGUCGCCUCGCAGAAGGAUGAGAAGGUCGAUAUAGGUGAGAGCGUAGGGGCCUCUGUCCCGACUCGCAGCGGGAAGACUCUGGUUGCUGCCAAGCAUAAGAUGGGCUAUUGUGAUUGGAGAACGGGUAACUUCGAGACCGUUGCUAUGGUGGACGAAGACCAGCCGACGACGAGAUUUAACGACGGAAAGUGCGACCCCGCUGGUAGAUUAUGGGCAGGUACAAUGGGAGCAGAGGAAGUACUGGCUGGUGUUGAGAAAGGAAAGGGCUCCCUCUUUUGUCUUCAUUCUAACAUGAAGGUCACAAAACAUGUUGAUAAUAUCGACAUUUCUAAUGGUAUGGCGUGGACGGCUGAUCGAAAAACCUUGUACUACAUUGAUACGCUAAGACAUGGCGUCGAUGCUUUCGACUAUAACAACGAAACAGCUGAAAUUGGUAACCGUCGUCAAGUUGUGAAAGUUCCGGACGAAGAGGGCCUCCCUGACGGUAUGUUUAUUGAUAGCGAGGAUAUGCUGUGGGUUGCACUCUUCAAUGGUGACGUCAUUAAUAGAUACAACCCCAAAACAGGUGAAAAGUUGCAAACGAUCCCCUUCCCGACCACGAACAUCACUAGCUGCUGCUGGGGAGGACGCAACCUGGAUGAACUCUACGUCACCAGCGCCAAACAUUUCCUCACCGACGAACAAAAGAGAACACAACCAUUGGCUGGAUCUGUCUUUCGGGUCACCGGCCUCGGGGUCAAAGGGGUCAAGUGUGAACCUUUUAAUGAUAGUUAGACUCAUCGAGAAUUCAUUGCUAGAUAUUCAGCAUCACUUUGCAAUUUGUUCUUCAUUGUCGCAUUAUGUAUAUGAGAAAAUUAACUUUGUUAUAGUAAAAGAAAUGUGAUAAGGACAAUAUUUAAUAGUACCCAAGGUAACGCAAUAUACAGUGCGCCCCACAAAAAGGGAAACCCGUUUUCAGAGAUAGGUUUCACAAUUAUCAAUUAUGUUUUUACUAUAAAUUUGAUACUCAUGGCAAGAGUGGAAUCAAAUCUCGAAUUUGAAACCAACUGCUAAGCAAAUCGUUCACGCAUGGCAGACUACAAACAAUAAAUAUUGAGGCAUAAUUUGCGCAGGAACUCGCGUGUUCCAAUCCCAUCGCAGCACUAGCGUCCUUUGGCAAGGCGUUUAUCUACAUUUGCCACUCUUGACCCAGGUGUAGAAAAUAGGUACCCGGUAGGAAGGUAUUCCUUGAAUGCUCGAUGCGCCCGAUCAGGGUAGCCGUGCUAAAGCCGGGGUAUAAUAUGGACAGUGCUUACUCAAGUGUUAAAUUAUGUCAAAGCGCUAUAUAAAUGUUGCACAUUAUUAUUAUUAACAGUCUUCAUUAGUGCAGUCCUGUAGUAUAGACCCACUAGAAUGAUAACAUACUAAUUUACUACUCACUACACUAAUCAUAUAUCUUACCAAGUAACAAGUAGUUUUCCUCUUUUCCACUGAAGUUUCUCUGCCAAAAAUAAAAAAUAUUUUAAAACUAGCUAUUGAAAACAAAUUCAAUGCAGACACUAUUGGUCAGUUCGCUCCCCCUUUAAAGUGCCUUUAAGCAUAUCAGCGUAAUUGAUAUUAUAGUAUCUCACAAAUUCAUCUGUUUUUAUAAUAAUGUAUGAAUGUCUUGUAAAUAUGCAGCAAUAAAUCAAUAUGAUCUUGGAGUGAAAAAUCAAUGAAUAGACAUUUAUUUUGCGUAGUAGUUAAAUUAAGAUGGCGCUCGUCAAUCUCUCUAGAUUUAAUUAUGAGAGGUGCCGUGGCCGAGUGGUCUAAGGCGCCUGGCUAUACAUGGAAAGUCGGGGGUUCGAUCCCCGGCCGCGGCACCUAUGCCCUUGAGCAAGGCAUUUAAUCUACAAUGCUCUUUUAUCCUGCUUUCAAAUAAAUGGAAAUGCUAUAUGCAUUAUUGGUAACUAG